AUGUCUUAUUUUGAGGAUUAUGAGGUUUUGUGUUCUGUUGGCUCUGGCUCAUUUGGAACAUGUCAGAAAAUUAAGAGAAAGUCUGAUGGCAAAAUUCUGGUGUGGAAGGUGGUGAGGUACAGGGAGAUGAAGAAGGAUCAACUGAAGCGUCUGCUGUCAGAGGUGAAGAUCCUGAUGGACCUCAGCCACCGAAAUAUCGUUCAGUACUUCCAUCACUUUGUAGACUUGGAGCAGAAAAAGCUCUACAUUGUGAUGGAGCACUGUGAGGGUGGAGAUCUGGACACCCUCAUUGAACGCUACCAAAUCAGAGGGAUGUUUCUGUCCGAGAACUUCAUCCUUCGUAUUCUACUGCAGUUGGCUUCAGCACUGAUGCAUUGUCACAGACGGCCGGACAGAACUGUUGUGCUGCACCAGGAUUUGAAACCAGCAAAUGUUUUCCUGGACAAGAACCUAAACGUGAAGCUGGGUGACUUUGGUCUGGCUGAGGUCCUCCCCAGUAAGGAGCAUGUCUGCACGGGUAGAGCAGGGACUCCUCUUUACAUGAGUCCGGAGAAGAUCAAUGAGUCACAGUAUGAUGAGCGAUCAGACAUCUGGUCUCUGGGGUGUCUGCUGUACAAGCUGUGUGCCUUCGUGCCUCCAUUUACUGAUGGACGAGGGAAAACGCUGGAAGAACGCAUCAAUCGUGGAACGUUCAGCAGAAUCCCUGUCUACUAUUCCAACUUCCUGGACUCAAUCAUUAGGGACAUGCUGCAAGUCAAUCCCUUCAGGAGGCCGUCGGCAGCAGACAUCCUCCACCAGCUGACUGAGAGAUUCAUCAAGGAAGAGGUGAGAUCACCACGUCAGCCUGAUCAUCGUCUUCCUCAGUCCGUGUCUGUGCAAAACAUCAGGCACAGAAAAAAAGAAGCACAGGCACCACAGAAGAAGACGGGCGCAGCCGUGAAUGUGAGUGUUAUCACCACCAACCAGAGAGGUUCUGUUUACAGACUGUUUGUCUGUUAG